GCCGCUGGAGGGCUGCACGGCCUGGCGGGCGCACGGCGGAGCGGAGCGGGGCUGAGCCGUACAGCGGAGAUGAACGCGGUGCUCGCCGUGAAGCAGUACGUGUCGAAAAUGAUCGAGGACAGCGGACCGGGCAUGAAGGUGCUCCUGAUGGACCGGGAGACGCCCGGCGCGGUCAGCAUGGUGUACACGCAGUCCGAGAUCCUGCAGAAGGAGGUGUACCUCUUCGAGCGGAUCGACUCCCCCGGCAGGGAGCCCAUGAAGCACCUGAAGGCCGUCUGCUUCCUGCGGCCCACCAAGGAGAACGUGGACUAUCUCAUUCAGGAGCUGCGGAGGCCGAAGUACAGCAUCUAUUAUAUCUAUUUCAGUAAUGUGAUCAGUAAGAGCGAUAUCAAGGCAUUAGCUGAGGCUGAUGAACAGGAAGUUGUGGCAGAAAUUCAGGAGUUCUAUGGAGAUUACAUUGCAGUGAAUCCGCACGUUUUUUCUCUCAACCUCUUGGGCUGCUGCCAGGGUCGCAGCUGGGAUCCAGCCCAGCUGUCCAGAACAACUCAAGGGCUGACUGCUCUGCUUCUGUCCCUGAAGAAAUGCCCCAUGAUUCGGUACCAACUCUCUUCUGAGCCAGCAAAGAGGCUUGCUGAAUGUGUGAAGCAAGUAAUCACUAAAGAGUAUGAGCUGUUUGACUUUCGUCGCACUGAGGUUCCUCCUUUGCUCCUUAUUCUGGACCGCUCAGACGAUGCCAUCACCCCACUUCUGAACCAGUGGACGUACCAGGCUAUGGUUCAUGAAUUGCUGGGGAUCAACAACAACCGCGUUGACCUCUCACGUGUACCAGGCAUCAGUAAGGAUCUCCGAGAGGUGGUCCUGUCUGCUGAGAACGACGAGUUCUAUGCCAACAACAUGUACCUGAACUUUGCAGAGAUUGGCAGUAACAUCAAGAAUCUUAUGGAGGAUUUCCAGAAGAGGAAACCUAAGGAGCAGCAGAAGCUGGAAUCCAUAGCAGAUAUGAAGGCAUUUGUGGAGAACUACCCACAGUUCAAGAAGAUGUCAGGCACAGUGUCAAAGCACGUGACGGUGGUAGGAGAGCUCUCUCGACUGGUUGGUGAGCGCAACCUGCUGGAGGUGUCUGAGGUGGAGCAGGAGCUGGCCUGCCACAAUGACCAUUCCAGCGCCCUCCAGAAUGUGCGGCGCCUCCUGCAGAACCCCAAGGUGACAGAGCUUGAUGCUGCCCGGCUGGUGAUGCUCUAUGCCCUGCACUACGAGCGGCACAGCAGCAACAGCCUGCCAGGGCUGAUGGCAGAUCUCAAGAACAGGGGUGUUUCAGAGAGAUAUCGAAAGCUAGUGUCUGCUGUUGUGGAAUAUGGAGGGAAACGGGUCCGGGGCAGUGACCUGUUCAGUCCCAAGGAUGCUGUAGCCAUCACAAAACAGUUCCUCAAAGGACUGAAGGGUGUUGAGAAUGUGUAUACACAACACCAGCCUCUCCUUCAAGAAACACUGGAUCAGCUCAUCAAAGGAAAGCUGAAGGACAGCCAGUACCCCUACUUGGGUCCCAACACCCUCCGUGACAGGUGAAAAAAAUUCAGGCUUGCCAAAGAAAUGUUUUGAUCAAGUAGGUAUUUCUUGAGCUCUCAGGUAGGUGCCAGGCUAUUAAAGCUGACCGAAACACGACAUUCUCAUUGUAAGUAAGAGCUUAGGUAAGGAUAAAGCCACUGCACCAAGCUGCCAGGACGUUUCCAUGAUGGAUUUCAACGUGCCCCCUAACUUCAGUCCAUGCCAUCUGGCGUUUAUUUGCAAAGAACCAAAAAUAGUCCAACUGCUAACUCUCCCUUCUGAGCCAGUUACUAUUUCUGAUUAGAAUGGGAUGUUGCUGAAUAUGGCCAAUAACUGUAAUUGAAAAGAACGUUGGCUGUCUGGUUCUAGCUGACUUUUCUAGAGCUAGGCUAACCUGUUGUCACUGAAGUCAUUAAAGAUAAAUAUGGGCCUCAGAGUGAGGGCACUGAGUUGGUAGAGAAAGGGCUACAAGUUCUCUGACAGCUUUCUGUACAAAUCACUGAUUUGUUGGGUAUCUCAGUUUCCUUUCUGUAAAUUACAUUAAGUUCUGCAGCGUGCUGGCUGGGGGCAUUUCUUAUUCCUUCUAGUAGCAGUGUCCUUUGAGGGGAAGAUCUUGAUGUUGCUUUGGUGAUCUGUGGUGAGACCACCACAGCUAUUCUCUGAACCUUCUCAAAUGUUUGCUGAAUGCCCCAGGGCUUUAUUUGCAGCAUUACAACAGUCAUCAUGCCCUUCACACGCUGCAUAUGACUGGCUUUUUGUCAGCAGUCAUUUGUAGCAAGGCAGAAAAUAAAUUCAAAGUAGUAAUUCUCAACAAAUGAGGUGGCUGCUGCAGGGAAGUCUUGAGUUAAAUUAAAUGUGCAGGUUCGUUUGGAGGUGGAGGAAGUGGGCUUGGGGAUCAAGGGGAAGCAAUAGGUGGGAGGGGCAGGGGCUAUUAUUCAUGUCUGGCUCUUCGAGAUGAACACACACACUGGCCUUCUUCCCACUUAGCCCUGCUUUGGGGCAUUUACAUCCACCUGAUGAAAACAAAAAUGUAUUUUGUAACAGGGAAGGAUCCAAAUUCCAUGCCAAGCUGAUGGCAGGGGAUAUAAAUCGCUUCAUUUAUGAAUUAAAGAAAAAGAAUCAUACAAGAAUCAAUUUGUUUGUGUACGUCCUUGGUAGACCGAAACCUACCUGCUUUACUCCAAAUUUUCCCUUAAAAAAUAAAAUGGUGGAUUUUGGACAGGGUGGAUGGGCGGUUUUAAUGAGUGUGAGAUAUCAAGGCCCCUCCCUAGCAACGGAUAUGGCAGCAAGAAUGCCAUCCUCUGUCUCCUUGAAAUGAGAUGGAUUUCAGCCCAACAGAAAGAGAUGGAGUGAUGGGAUCUGAAACAGAGUGGGCAGAACAGCAGAGGCUGCAUCCAGGCAGUCCUGACCCUGCUUGCUUCUGAACUAACUAGAAGCAAAUGAUCUUCUUACCUUUGUUUUCUCAUUCUUAGUACCCAUUUACAUUCUGCUGAGUUGUGUUUCGCUUAGAUUCCUUUUUAAAUGUUUGAGAGCAUGUGGUUAUUGGGGCUGUUCCCCUAUAGGGAAGUCUUGUUCAGCUUAAGACACGAGAACUCCAGGAAUCAAAGGUUCUGUAGCUUUGACAAAACAUCGAUGCCAAAAUACUUUUGUGCCUGGUCUUUAUUUGCUUUUUGAAAUGGAGGCGCAGCGCUGUGCUGUCUCUUGGGUAUGAAUAUUAAAUAUCAUGAAAAUGGGUUCUCAUCUAAAGACAGAUUCUAGCUAUCAGUUUUGGAAGGAAAAGGACUGCUGUACGGUGUUGCCGUAGUGCCAAAUGAGUUGAGUGAGGAAUUUACAUUAAAUAGUUCCUCAGAACUUUCACUAAAUUGCAGCCCAAGGCAAACUGGGCUAUCCUGUCCUCUCACUGUGUUUCCAGAGGAUGGUGUUACUGUGACUGGCAGCGGUUCAGCUGCAGGUUGGGGCAAAAGGCUUUGCAUUUUUUGAUCAAAGUGAGGCAGUUGCUUCAACAGCAGAGAAUUUAAAAGGAUUCUUUUUAACUGUUUCUUUCUGUAUUAAACAUCACACUGUUGCGAGGGAGGAAAAGCUCACGGUCCAAAUUCAUCUGUGGAAAUUGGCAGCAGUGAAGGAGAGGGAAUCUUUGCAAAACGCUGAGCAGGGUUCCUAGGAGAGAGCAAUAAGCAAUUCUGCUUUCUUUUGCUUCUCUUUUCUUUCCUGCUGUGUUAAAUGUCCUUUUCUAGCAUGCCAUAACUCUGCAGU